AUGGCUCCCAAGAAAGCCGUCAAACAUACCAAAAAGAAGGCCCCGGCCGUCGUGGAAGUAAAAAUAAACAACGAAGUGGAUUCCGAUGGUAAACAUGUGCUGCAAAAAGACAGCAAAAAGCAAUUGCAAAGCGAACAAAAACACCUCAAAAAACGUCUUCAUCAGUCGAGAAGAGCGGUAUUUAUUCUAGGAACCUUAAUUGGGUUAUUUGUGGCUGUUUUCUUCGGUGCUUCCAACAACGACCUUCGUGGAGAACUCGAUCGUUUGGUGAGUUUUGAUUCUAUGUCUGGAAUUCUCAACGACUGGCGUGGUGUACUCCCCAGUUCUGUCCAGAGCAUGCUCAAUGAUUUCGAGAGCCUGGAGGAAGAAGGAACUCUUCAUGGUUCUGCCGCAUCGUUUUCGGUGGGAAAGCGAAUGGUAGCCAAUCUCAAUUUGACGCAAAAACAUAACGUUGUGAUGGUUCCUGGUGUUAUAUCUACGGGAAUCGAGUCGUGGGGUCUCAAUGACGACGGGGAUUGUCCCUCAACGAACCAUUUUCGCAAGAGAUUAUGGGGUUCUUUUUACAUGCUUCGCACCAUGGUUCUCGAUAAAACUUGUUGGCUCAAACAUAUUAUGCUAGAUCCAGAAACAGGGUUGGAUCCUCCCGGUAUAAGGCUCCGUGCUGCCCAGGGGUUUGAAGCGGCAGACUUUUUCGUUGCUGGGUACUGGAUAUGGAAUAAAAUUCUUCAAAACCUCGCCGUUAUAGGGUACGGGCCCAAUAAUAUGCUUAGUGCAGCCUACGACUGGCGGCUUGCCUUCUUGGACUUGGAAAAGCGCGACCACUACUUCUCCAAACUACAGUCUCAGAUCGAAAUGACCAAGAAACUCACGGGCCAAAAGUCGAUACUUGUGGGCCACUCAAUGGGAUCACAAGUGGUGUUUUACUUUAUGAAAUGGGUCGAGGCUAGUGGCGAGCAGUACGGAAAUGGAGGAAGCUCAUGGUGCAACGACCACAUUGAGGCAUUUGUGGAUAUUUCGGGAACUCUUCUUGGAACUCCAAAGAGCAUUCCUGCUCUUAUUUCUGGCGAAAUGAAAGAUACAGUGCAAUUGAAUGCACUUGCAGUUUAUGGAUUGGAAAAGUUCUUUAGUAGAAGAGAAAGAUUGGAUAUGCUUCGGUCUUUUGGCGGAGUUUCGUCGAUGCUUCCUAAGGGAGGAGACUUGAUCUGGGGAAAUUACACCUCGGCUCCUGAUGACCCCAGUAACAGUCUAAUGACGGAAAAUGCCGAAGGAGGAUCCGGAACCGAGCUUCCAGGUCAACACAAUGACACUUUUGGAACGUUUAUUCGGUUCGAAACGGACAAAUGGAAGAAUAUGACCAUCACCUCCAGUAUUGACUAUCUUCUUGAAACGUCACCAAAGUGGUUUACUGACAGAGUUAAAGAGCAAUAUUCAUGGGGAGUGGCCAAAACGAAGAAAGAAGUCAACGAAAAUGCCAAGGACCAUCUGAAGUGGAUCAAUCCACUUGAAGUGGCUUUGCCUUAUGCUCCUGACAUGAAAGUGUAUUCCUUCUACGGUGUUGGCUGUCCUACCGAAAGAGCUUACACGUACCGCGAAGCACCCAAGGAGACAAAUUUGAACAUAACCAUUGACGGAGAAAACAAAAACGCAGUUUAUUUUGGUGACGGAGAUGGAACUGUUUCGUUAAUGUCGCAUGCCAUUCUCCAUGAGUGGCAGAAGGGAAGCGAAUCUCGCUUUAAUCCUGCCAAUUGCUCGGUUACAAUCGUGGAAAUAAAACACGAGCCCGAUAGAUUCGAUAUUAGAGGAGGAGCCAAGACGGCUGACCAUGUGGAUAUCUUGGGUUCAGCAGAACUUAACGAAUUGGUUCUCAAAGUUGCAGCCGGUAAAGGUGAGACAAUUGAAAACAGAUACGUCAGUUCGUUGAGGGAUGUGGUUAGAAAUUUGGACAUUUAG